UGCAAGCUUUGUCAGUCAAUUUGUGAAGCCUUAUUAUAUGUAUUUGUGAAAGGUGUGGCAGCUGCACUUGUACUUACAAGCAUGCCUGGGGUUUACAGCCUUUGUUGUGGAUCGAAAACAUGAAGCUGUGAGAUACAUGCUGUUAACAUAUUGUUGUGCUGUGUUCCUAAUCUUCUAAGCCCUGGCUUCAUCAAGCUGUUGGCAAAUUCCCACUAAUGCUCGGAGCAGCGGCAAUAAUUGUAUAAAACAUAUUUACACAUGUGGGAUGCAACUUCAAGGCAGUGGACAAAAGAAAUUAGCUGCAGGCUGUGGAUGAUUUAGGCUUUCAGAAACAAAGCUACCGCCAAAGGCAGUGAGUGAGACCAAUGCUGUGACAGUGCUUGAUUAUAGCAAGAAAAUGGAGCAGCUUUGUAGGGAGGCUUACUUGUUAAAGAAGGACCAAGUUAUCAAGCUGAGGGAUGUAUUAGAGGCUGACAAGGAUGGCAACUUCUGGUUAUGCAGGAUGUGAUAAGAGAUGAAGUUGGAAAGGUUCAUGCUUGUUUUGCAAGGACAGAAUGGGUAAUGCUGUUACUGCUGGAUUCUUUAGCUGCGAAAAAAAUUCCAAAUCCAUUGCCUUCCUCCUCCUUUUGAGACAAGCUCUGUGGCCUUGAAGCAUAUGUGAAUUCAAAGUGUUUUUGUGCUCUCAACCGGCAAUUAGCUUGAGAAACUUUUUGAAAAUAGACAAACUCAGGACUGGGUGAGUGCAGGUGUUAUUGGUGACCUUCUAAGCGUAUUAACCAGUGUAAGAAGUGUUGGCUCUAAAAGAAUGAUCCCAGAAUUCUUUGUCAAGUCGGGCACUAUGCAAAGAUGACAUCAAAUUGCUAAAUGAAUAUCUUUUGGUCCUCUGCUGGUAGUUACUAGUUUGCGCUAUAUUGUAAAGGAUGAGGUUGACGUGCAACCAGUUUGACCAAUUUGUUGGAAGAUUGUUUUUUGAAACCUUAGUUUCAGGCUCAGUAAUCGAACAAUCUUGGCUUAAAAAAUCAUUCAGACAGCAGUACACAUUGUGCUUGAAAUCUUAGCUUUUCGAUCAACCGCUAUGGUGAGCACGAUGGAUGGUUGCAUUCAUCACGGGCUAAUUAGUAAUACCCAGCCGGCCAGCUGUACAUUGAUUUGUUCGAUUCUAGCAAUUUCACAAAAGACCCAUGAAAGAAAGGAAAGAAGGAGAAUAGAGGAUAGCUUUUUAAUAAGAUGCCUGAGCGGAAUGUCAUUUCAACCAAAGAUCAUGCUUUCGAGGAUAGUCAAGCAUUGUCACCUGUGCUACAGAUGGUCAGACCGCUUGGCAUCUUGGCACAGUUCCCAAAGGACUUUAAGAGCGAUGGAAGGAGGCAUUCUAGUCAAAGAGAACAAAAACCUAAUCAAAUUUUUCACCUGUGUUUAUGUAAAUAAAAAGGCAAGUUUUUCAUAGGUAAUUCAUCCUGAAGGAGGCUAACCAGUUAUUGACCUAAAGUUUUAUCCCCACAAAAUGCUAGAAUGUGGGACAUGUUUGUAGGGAAGGUUGUCAUGCUUCUCAAGCCCUUAACUAUUACAUUCACAUGAUCUUGAUCUGUUAAGAAGCAAUGGUUGGGAAUUGUUGUAAUGAGAACCUGCUUUGUGCAAUUGGAUACGAUUUGUUGAUUGUCGGGCAUGGCAAGUGGGAGUUAGUACCAAAAUAAAGAGUUGCUAGUGAGGUGAGGCUUUGUCAGACAAUUUAGAAACCUCAUCUUAAAUACUUAAGAAAGGCGUGGACUGCACUUGUAGUUAUCAGUAGCCUCUGAGGCAAGCCUUUUUAGUAGAAGCGGGAAAGAUAAGCUGUUAAACAAGACAUUACUUUGCUGCGUUUGCAAUUUUUAAGCUAUGGUUUCGUCAAAGUCCCUGGUUGAAUACUCACUAAUGCUCGUUGGCUUGCCAAUUCUACUGCUUCCUCUUUUCCGCAUAUAGUCUGGUCCUCUUUGUAAUGUGACUUUUAUGUUAAACAUCAUACGUUCAAUUGAGGUAUUUUAAGCUGUUUUUUGGCUUUGUCUAAAAAGAAGCAAGCUUACCAGUUUACAAAAUAUAGUUAAGGAUGCGGUUGACUUGUAUCCAGUUUGAUCAAUGUGUUGAAAUUUGUUCUUUGAAAUUUUAUCUCAGCCAUCAAAUAAUCUUUGCUUAAAGAAUCA